UGUUUUGUUGACAAACUAAAUAAAUUCACAACAACAACUGGAUUUAUUAAUAAAAAAUUUAGCAUUUUCUAUAGUUCAAUUGUUCAAUCAAAUUAAUUAUAAUCUUCAAAACAAUACAAUUUUGUUGAUGUGAAAUAAAAAUAACUGGUAUUAAUUGUUAUUAUAUAAAGUUCAAUACAAAAAUGUUUUCACAUAAGAAAACAGUAAAAAUGUCAGUGGAGGAGAGAUGCAAUAAAUUAAAAAAAGAUUUUCCUCAUGACAUCCAGAUGUACAUCCAGGUACCAACAGACGUAUUGGAUCUCCAAGAGUUCAAACAAUUAGCCAUGGAGAGACGAGAAAUUUUAAAAAUGAUUGAAUUGCUGAUGAAUAGAUCUGACUUGAAGACUCUGGAAGAAAGAAAAACUGCAUUGUUAAGCUCAAUGAGAAAAGAUUCAUACAAUCAUGCUGCUAAAUUAUUACAAGGUCUUGGCUGUGUUGCAAAUACUGAAUUUGAACUUGAAGCAAGACGUCGUGAUGCAUUGUCACAUUUUGCAAUAAGACUUGCAUACUCACAAAAUCCAGAGCUUAGAAAAUGGAUGACAACGAUGGAAGUUGAAUACAUGAAAAUGAGAUUUCUAACAUUGACAAAAGAAGGCACAACUGAAUUAUUUAAAAUAAAUGGAUUUAAUUAUGAAAUGGUUACUGAAGAAGAAAAGGAUCAACAUCGUGAUGUACUUUAUAAAUCAACAGCUAAAAUACAAAACAUUGAUGGGAUUGAUUUUUAUAAAGUGUCAUUUAAAAAAGUAACUGAUCUUGUUAAAUCAAGAAAAGUAUUUAUUAAAAAAGGAAUGGCAUGGAUACCACAAACUGAAUUGUCAUAUUUAUUCAUCAAUCAUUUCAAGGAACAUUUAACAGAUUCAUUUGAAAGUGCAUUGCAAGAUUUUUAUGCUCUUCAAACAGAUGAAAGAAUAUAUGGAUUUAUCAAAAAAUUGCCAAUUGUAUUUUCCAAAGAUAAUGUAUCAUGGGACAAUGCUGAAGAUGUACCAAUUGAAGCACUUGAUGAGUUGUCAAAAACAUCAUAUCCACUUUGUAUGAGAACUCUUCAUGAAGCCUUAAAAACUGAUCAUCAUUUAAAAAAUCAUGGACGUGUACAGUAUAUACUAUUUCUCAAAGGAAUUGGUGUUAAACUUGAAAGUUCAAUUCAAUUUUGGCAAAAUGAAUUUACAAAAUUAAUGGAUCUAAAUAAAUUUGAAAAGGAAUAUUUGUAUCAAAUUAAAUUCAUGUAUGGCAAAGCUGGUGGUAUGAAGAAUUAUACACCAUUGGGUUGUUCAAAAAUAAUAAGCAAUGGUCCUGGUGCUGGUGAUUGUAAUGGAUGUCCAUAUAAACACAUGGACAAUGAAAUGUUGAAGAAAAAAUUGACAAGUUAUGGAUUAUCAAGUUCAGUUGUUUCUGAAAUAUCUGAACUGGCUAAAACUGGACAUCCACAAAUAGCAUGUGCCAAGUAUUUCGAAUUGACACAUAGAGUUCCACCUGAACGUCCAAUUAUGCAUCCAAAUGGUUACUUCAAAGACAGUCGUAGUGUCAUCACCAAAGCCACCACCACCGCCACCAACAACAAUGAUACACCAAGUGAAUCAUCACCAGCAAGAAAAAUUUCAACACCAAAAUACACACCUGUUAGAACAUCAGUAUUUUUAUCACGUAAAAAAGAUGUUCAAGUUAAACCAAUGGAAAUUGAAGACUUGUUGAAUGAAGAUGAUGAUGCCUUUGAUAAUUUGUAAUUAAUUAGUUUUUUAAAAGUACUUUCAUGGUUUUUUUUUUUU